CCUAGUCUUCCUCUAACGACUGCGUUUUUCCAGCAAUGGCGGAUUACAAUUCGACCUUAGAAUCUUCAUCGACGAACAAGAUGAAGAACGGAAAGAAGAAAAGAAAGCAAAAAAGUACUGAAAUUAAUGAACUAGAAAAAGAAGCACAAGAACAUAGUGGAGGUCCUUCGAAAAUUCCACGCAUCGAUAAGUCCGAGGGAGAAAUCGUAGAAACAAACACGAAGCUCGAAGAUUUUUCUCCAUGGAGGAAUCUGCAGCUAAUUUUAUUCCUCCAGAACGAAGACAUCGACCUUCUAAAGAAGGUUGAUUUGGCAUUCAGUUAUGUGAAUUCGAUAACUGAUGAAGCAGUGGAUGAUAUUGGUCAAUGCCCUGAGACGAUUAAUAGUUGUAGAGUGUUAGUUUUUAUGAACAACUGGGUACAAUCAGUCUUGAUUUCAUCAGAGAAGAAAAUGAGGCAGGAAGGAAACAAAGCUGAGUAUGAAGUUUCCUCAGCGUUGUGUUUGGAUAUCAGAGGCUGGAAAAUUUUGAAAUUCUGUUUGGAGAAGUCGCAGAAUCUACAUGUUUCACUGACCUUUUCUAGAGACUUAUUAUGGGUUAUUCAUUGCGUAGCAAGGGAUAUGUUAUCUCAUAUAAAUUAUCUAACCUCAUGUUGCGAGGUGGCACUUUCUUGUGAGCAAUUGGAAUUUUAUGACACUGUGCUGAAUUGUAUCUCAUCAAUCUUCUCAUCCCAUGGUGGAUUUUCAAAUGAAAAUCUGGGUAUAUGGAUUUCGGUCAUGAAUAUGGUGCUAGACCUUGCCUUAAGGCUUGUUAAAGACGAGCUUGAUAAUUGUAAGGCGGGCAACUUAUUCAUGCAAUUACCUUGUAGCCUACUGGAGCCAUUUGCGAAGUUCUUGAGGGUCCAUCCUAUGCGCAAAAAUGGUUUUCUUGAUUUCAUAGAUAAACUUCUGGAGCCUCUGUUGCACUUGUUGGUUGUGCUGCAUUCUGAUUUUGUUGGCAGUAAUUCUGAAUGCAGAAUAAAUCUAUCUAAGUUGGCUGAAGAAGUGUUAGCUCAGGGGCUCUUCCACCCAGCUCGCAUUGAUGGGUUUCUAUGUUUACAAAGUACUGGUAGAUAUAAAAGUUCAUAUGAUGGUGCAUUAAGUGAGGAAAAAUCGGUCAACAGAAGUUAUCACAGACACCUGUUUGAUAAACUGGAGAAGAUUGCAGCAAAUAAGAAUGAAUAUGCAUUAGGCGGUCUAGGACAGCUGCUUCACUUGUUUGUUAAUUCGGUCACUAAGCAAAAGGGAACUUCAGUCAGCAGAGGAGGGUCUGGGGGCUCGGAAAUCAGUUCAACCAAUAAUUUGCCUGAAAACUUUUCCCUAACCAGAAUGGUUAUUUCAGAACACAGGCCCAGCUCUAAUGGUUUGGACGCUGAAAUGCGGAAGUCAGUUUUUGAAUUUUUUGUACACAUCAUGGAACCUCUAAUAACAGACGUUAAUAAAUAUCUUCAUGUUGAUGGGGAACUUGGAUCUAUGUUAAUGAAUGUUUCGUGCAUGGUAAGAGCCAUUAAUAAUUUGCUUGCCUGCAUUGUUCAUGAAAAGGUGUAUGUAAGAACAGAAGACACCUCUGAAGGGGCUUCCAGUAUGUUUCUGAGGUUACUUUAUGAUUUGUUGGUGUCAUUUUCUGCCAAAAUUAAUGAUGUAAGUACUUUUGGCUCAGAGAAAAGUUCACAUGGAGAAGUCUUGAUUUCAACAAGAAAGGAGAUUAUUGUGUCUGUACAUCAUUUAUUAGAUAUCGAGUACAAAGUUGUGGAUGAUGAUCUUGAGAGCUUAUGGACUAUGAUUUUUUCCUCUGUAGCCUGUAGCAAUAGUUCGAUAGAUGUGCUGGAUCAGUCUGUGUUGUCUUCUGAGAUUCUGAGUCUUGGUUGCAGGCUGGUUGAUCUUUACAGCGAACUUCGGCAGGUGAAUAGUUCUAUAUUUGCACUGUGUAGAGCAGUUCGGCAUUUUGUAUCACUUCUUGGGGACAAUAAAGCACGAACAAGUUCGCAUGCUUAUUCUUCGUACCCAAAUUCUUUGAGCAUGAUGUUAUGUUCUCCAGAAUUUAGGCUCUCUCUCAGCAAAGCUGUCGAGUCAAUACCAGAAGGGCAAGCAAGUGGAUGUUUUCGGCAGUUGAGUUCAGAUGUUAUGGAAUCGCUGCAGUGGAUGAAAGUUGACUGUCAGCUGGCCAGUGAAGAUGAACUUACANUUAAAUGA